AUGCAACCGAUCAUCCUGUACUCGCACGCCCUGGGCCCCAACCCAUGGAAGGUGGCCAUCAUCCUCGAAGAGCUGAACCUCGCCUACGAAACGCGCUUCGUCAGCUUCACCGAAGUCAAGCAGGAGCCCUUCACCAGCAAGCUCAACCCGAACGGGCGGCUCCCGGCGAUCGAGGACCCCAACACAGGGCUGACGCUCUUCGAGUCCGGCGCCAUCGUCGAGUACCUGAUCGACCAGUACGACGCGGACCACAAACUCGACUACGCGGACGCGGCCCGCAAGUACGAGGCCAAGGCCUGGCUGCACCUGCAGGUGUCCGGCCAGGGGCCCUACUACGGCCAGGCGGGCUGGUUCCGGCGGCUGGCGCCCGAGCACAUCCCACUGGCCGUCCAGCGGUACGGCGACGAGGUCCGCCGUGUGACCUCCGUGCUGGACAAGGUGCUCAGCACCCGCGACUGGCUCGUCGGCGACAAGUGCACCUACGCCGAUCUGUCGUUCAUGCCCUGGCAGCGCCGCGCCAGGACCCUGGCCACCGACCCGGACACCUUCGAUGAGGAUUUCCCGCAUGCGGCGGCUUGGUUUAAGCGGUUGUCUGAACGGGAGUCCGUGAAGAAGGCCUUUGCUGCCCAAGAUGCUGCUAUUGAGGAGUUGGAGCGCGCCGGCGCGCCGCUUUGA